AUGCAAAGAAGGACUAUCAAGGACAUUUCUGUUGAAGGUUUUCUGCGAAAGAAACCAAGCAAUCGAGUGGUAAGGACGAAUAAUUAUUGCUUUGUUUGUGAAAAAAAAAUGUUCAAACGUGACUCAGGCAUUUUUUCCUUACGUUGUAGGUUUAUUCAGUCAGCGUCACAUGGUCGGAUAAAUCUGCAAAUGUUAUCUAUCGAAGAUACAGCGAAGUUAAAGAACUUGAGGUGAAGUUGAACCUAUAAAAUGGUACUGGCUCCAAGAGUGUACUGAGCGGAAUAAACAGUUGAUACGUCAGGAGUUGUUGAAUAAAUAGAGUUGUUUAUUGAUUGAAUUGUUAGCCUGUUCCAGGCGUUCGGAUAGUGGAGUGCGCUGUCCCCACGAUAUGAACGCCUGGAACACUGAGGCUAUUGAAUUGUUCGAAAAGUUUUCUUUACAAUGUCUUUGGUUUGGUGAGAUCGUGCCCAGCAGUUUUCCGGCAGAGCAUUAAAUUUUUUCUUGGUACAGCCUGAGGGAAACCCGUUAAUAUGAUCGCCACUAUGGGCAAUUAAACCCUGAUUACAGAAAGUGUGGUUGUAUUAAAGAGUUUUUCAGAAAAUAAAAUGACUGGCUGUCUUGAAAAUUGGCUCAAAAUAGUGCAGGUCGCAAUAACGAGGCGUUUUUCAGUUUGAAAGAGGUGGGUGUAAAGCCGAAGUCCACUAUGUACGGUUAUGUAACAUAAUUUAACUUACUUGUGUUAUGUUGUUUCUUCUCAAUAAUACAGCUUUCUCUCCUGGAAGAGUUUCCAAGCUAUAAGAAAGAAAUAAUUUCGUCUUCACUCCAAGGUUAGUAGAGACGAGUAAUGAUGACAAUCUGCAUCAAUAAGAUCUUCAAUCACAUUGUACGUAUUUAACCCAUGUAAUUAGGGUGGAUAUAAUACAGAAAUGUUCUACCUUUUAAAGCCCUUUUUCGUUUUGUAACUCCAAUGAUUGGACACUGAAAGGCUGCAUUUCAUUUAGCAGUUAUGCGCUUAUAAAAAUGCAAUGGCGUUUUGCACUGCUACAUUAAAAAGGGUAGCUUAAAUCGGAAACGAUUUGUUGAAAAGCACUACGAGUGGACAAAAACAAAACCUCCAUGUAAUCGGAAGCAACAAUGUUGGCCAACAACUCCCAACAUUGUUGGAUGUUACAUGUUACAUUGAGUCCGGCGACGUUUGCACUCCUUGUUACAUGUUCCUGCGUGUUUUUGCGCGUUGCUGCCUGCCUUUCUCAUGUAGUAGUAUAACGUCUGUUAUACUACCACAUGGGAAAUUUCUGCAAUCUGAUUGGCUUAAAGCAGUGAUAUUUCAGCUUAAUUUGAAAUACCUACAUGUGAAAAUUGUUUGCGGGUAGUAGUAUAAACAAAUAAUAGCUUGAUUUGUAUGUGAUAUUAGGCAUAAAUACCACUCAUGAUAUUUCAAAAUUAUCUCAAAUUUCACUCGCCUAACGGCUCGUGAAAUUACGUAUAACAAAUUCGAAAUAUCACUCGUGGUAUUUAUGCCAAAUAUCACUACAAAUCAUGCUAUUACCUAUACCAGUACUAAAAAACAUCCCCGAAGCGUAGCGUAACAUUGUUAGAUUCGUUUACACAGCUCCUUCCUUAUUUUUGGGGCAAAGCAAGCGCGAAAAUUUUCCGAAUCAUUCACGUGUGUAAAGUAUUGUCGAUCGAAUUAUUUUAAUUUAUCAAUAUUGAUGGCAUAAUGCACUGCAAUUCUUAACAUUGUUGGGAGUUGUUGCUCAGCCGUUUGCACACCACUGCCAACACUUUCCAUGAUCUUCAUUACCGAAGUUAAAUGAUAUGCCGAAAAAGGUUUUGUAUAGUUUCUUCUUCUCGUUCUCCUUAUUUUCAUGUUCCCCCAUCUCUUUCCUUCGUACGAAGAUUCUUGUGACAUUCUCUCACGGUAUACAUUGGUCCAUAUCUUUGUUAUAUUAAGUGACCAAUCAGUGACCAGUGCCUAGCUCUCAAGAUGAGAAGGGAUCAUUGGAGAAAAUAGAAGAGGGAUUUUCAUUCGAAUGUCAGCACUUUGUUAAAAUUCAGCAGCAAGCAGCAUCAUUGUCUCUUCCUAAGACUGUGUUUUCUUCAGUGCCCCCUUAUGUGCCAGACCAUAGUUACAUUUUGUUCCGCUAAUUUUUAAAAGCAUUUCUAACCUUCUGUUUUAGAGAGGAGAAAGAUUAACCCAACAAGUGUUCGAAAAAAGGAGGAAAAAAUCAAGAAUUUUAUAUCAGUAAGUUAGCAAGUCCAAGCUCAUUACUUCUUUUGAGAUCUACAAAUUCAAAAGACGAGGUUGUGAGAAAUGAAAAUGUUCACAUUUGUUGGCGCUUAAGGCUGUGUUUACACUACAUCGGAUAACUAGUGUGCUGCCACGAAAAUCAUACAGGAUAGGGAUUCUGAUCACACAAAAGAACGGUUGUGGCGCCUCAAUUUUUGUGACAAAGCGAAGCUGCAACGCGCCGAUCUCUAAGGUGGAGGGUCACAUAUCGGAUAGGAGUUUUAUACGGUACAGAGUGAACGUAGUCUAAUUCUUGGACUUUUAACUACAUUUAAACAGUUGCUGGCAGAGUGGGCACUUCUCUUGAAAUUCAGUUUUAUUUAUUACUUUAAAGAAGCUGAUGGCUUUUCCUGACGAAAUCUCCCAGUCACAGCCGGUGAUAAGAUUGUUUACACCAAGAAUUGAAGAUUUAGAGUGGCAAGAAUCUGAUCGCACUAAGUAAGUUAAAUUUUUUGUUUAUGUGUGUGAAGGUGUUCAUAAAGGACCUUCGUGCUCUUCGUGUAUUUAUUCAAAUACGAGAAAGAGUGUCUCACUAAAGUAUCAAAACAACGAGAGGUGUGUUAAAAAGGUAAGACACAACAUGAACCGACGUCCAUGAGAGAGCAUUAUUCUUCUGAUAAGGCACAAUUAAAAGGAAGGCUUUGUAGCCUCUUAAGCUAUCCCUUCCACCAAAGCCGCGCAGAAAGUGGGGGAUAUUUUUAACAUUUUAGAACGAAAAAGAAAUCUUUCUGACCAUUUGAGGCUUCCGCCAAUAUCAUGUUAGGCGGAAUGUCAUAAAACUAGGAUCCUAGGCAAUUAAGCUGUAAAAUGGCGAUGCUACAUUUUUUCAGUCUUGGAAUAGCCUGCGAGCAAGCUCUCCGGGACGCUCUGGCGGCGGGGAGGAAAAGGAGGGAGAGUUUGGAAGUACGUCUCUCUCUGGAAUUUGAAUUCCCCUGUGGCUCCCCGUCGAGUGAGCUGUCAGAUUUCUGCCAAUCAGCGCGAAGCGGAAACGAGCGCGAAUGAAAACAAACAUUGAAAAGAAAGUGCCAAGGGUAAUGACGUCAUUACUAAUGUCAUCUCCGUCCAAUCAGCAUUUCGCAUCGAAUUUUUUUAUGCAGAUAUUCAAAAUCCAGUGACGUAGUUGCAAGCUCUCUCUUUCCUUUCAAGCCACGCCGCCAGAACACCGCGGAGAGCUUGCUCGCAGGCUAGUCUUGGAAGAUCAGUCACUCAGAUAAGAUGGCCUUUGAAGGCUAAGAGAAUGGUCAAUUAUUUAACACUCCCCCCUCUGAUGUGUAACCCAGGUGCAUAAAGCAACUUCAUUUAGAUUAAGCGCGAAGAAUUUCUGCUGUUUUCACCGGUGCCGCCCAUGCACUCUUUUGUCGACCUUUACGAGCCUUGAAAUCCCACUCCUCCUGAAGAAAUUAUAUGAAACAUUCCUGUACUUAAUAAUUACCCGCAGGGAUCAAAAAAAGGCGAAGUCCAAAUCAAGGCGGAAUUUCGUCAGAAAGAUUUCAGCUACAAGGAAAUCUUUAAAAGCAGGUAAGAAAGGUUACGUCGAUUUAGAAUUUUCCCCUGGGAGUGUACAGAAAACGCACCGCGAGAACUGUCUUUUGGCGAUGACUGACAGUCUUUGCAGAAGUCACAAUCAGAUAAUUCAAUAAUAAAACUCUUAGACUAGUUGUUGAUCUGAAUGUUCAAUAAGUAUAUUGGCCAUCUAUAAGGCAAGCGAUGAUGUCAUUGACUGUGAAGGUUCUUAAUAUGUUGGGUGCAUUUCGAUCCGUCUUUUGUGAUUGUAACAUCUUUCGGUUACUGGUCAGCCAAAUUUGUCGGUUUUGAAGACAUCUUCUAUCUUCUUCUUAUUGUCUAGUAAAAAAUACGCGCAGCCCAAUGUAUACUACGGAGAUGCUAAGUAGUCUCAGUGGCUUGAGCACAGUUUAGUUGUAGUAAAUUUUCUUAUCUGGAUUGCCAGGGGCUAUGUCAUGCACUAUUAUUAUUCCAAAACAAAUUACGCUUUUAAUUUGAAAGAAAAGCCUUUUUAUGAACCAAAUACCUACUACAUAAAAAGGCGAUUUCCAAUUAGACGUCACACUCCCAUUUUACCCUUAUAACUUGGUAACGCUUCGUUCCCUUCUGUUUUUUAUUUUAAACCUCAGGCAACAUUGGGGAGCCUGCGCUUCUGGAGCAAUAUAUGGCUCUCAAAAAUUACAAGAAGCAGUACCACAACGACAUUAAACUUACUAAUGGUUUCACAGUGGAUGUUAUUGAAAAGCAUGAAAGUGGUAAGGAUAUUUUUAAAAUUGUAAUCAUAAGAGAGAAUUAACUUCCUUUAACAAACAAGUUAAUCAUGCACGCAGAAAUGCUCUUUAUUGACUUUAGAGCUGUCUUCUUAUUAUCCUCUUAUCCGAGACCGGACCUUAAAGCAAGACAACAAUGCUUAGUACUUGUUGAGAUAAUGUCAGAUGCUAAAAUAUCUAAAACAAAUCGUUGCAGACAUCACAACUAACCUGCUCUGGCUAGAAAUGUAAAUAGUCAGUUAAGUACUUGUUUGGUUGUGUUCUUUAUUGCAGGCUGGUGGCUUGUAGAUUGCGAUGGUGAUAUAGGAUGGGUACCAGCUUCAUUUAUACAGCCUACAGCCGGUGGAACUAACAAUAAUGACGACGACAUCAUUAGUGAGUCUUUUCCUCCAGGACGAGGUAGGAUUUCACUAAUAAUUUCCUUGUAGGACAAAACGGUAUCACUGAAAAGCUCCGCAAGGGAGUGUACAAUAAACUUCUUACUCUAUAUCUCGUGCUGUAGAGGGUAAGUGGGUGGGAUAACAGUAGAAUUUGAAGUAUCUGUCCAAAAUCUGCCUUUUCAUAUAUGAAUAAAACAACUUGAGAGCUGAGUCGACCAAAGCCGGCAUCGACAGGCGUAUGAGUCCAGCGCGGCAACCGCCGCAAUGCCAUGGACGACCACCUACCCAUUAUGCAAUGCGCACAUCUCUGAGAGGUUGAGCUAGUCUCGUUCAAACAAAUCAGUAUGAGGCUAGCGCUGUGUCAAAACAAUACAGCCAAGCUUGAAUAAUAAGAGGUUACAGGCAGACUACUUAUGAAUGGUUGCCAUGCAAGCUAAGACGUCGACUAAGUCCAAAAAGGAAAAGGGCUAUAUAUUUGUGUUAAGUUUAACAAAUCGAUAACAAUUUUCCUCGGACUGUACUCUUAUCGACCAUAGAAAUGACUUCAAAACUUUUAAAACUCAAGUGGAACCACGAGCCACAGACGAGUGGUUUCACAGCAAAGUUUUCAACAUUUUGACUUCAUUUCUAUGGUCGAUAAGAGUACAGACCUUGGAAAUAUUGUUGUCGAUUUGUUUUUUACAACUGCAUUUACAGUUUUUGACGUCCAUUUAGGUGGCAGUUUCUCGUGGAAAUCGUGCGCGAAGAAAGAGAAAAACAAACUGCGCCACCAUCACGUCAUUUCCACGGUCUGUACUCUUAUCGACCGUAGCUCUCGACCAAUCAUCGUGCGAGUAAUCGGUCAGUUAUUGUAAAAUAUGACUUGGAAUAAAAAGAUACCAUUUAUAUCAAAAGUACCAUCAUGAUUCCAUGUCUCCUAUUCUUUCCUUUUUUUCCUUUAUUUCGCAGGCGAACUGCACAUGACAACUCAGUCGUACGAGGCAAAGAAUGAGGACGAACUAAGCUUUGACAUAGGCGUACACCUUGAAGUGAUCGAAAAAACCCUGGAUGGGUGGUGGAGAGCAAUGUAAGAAUGAUUAAAAUUGCACUAACAGGUUAAUCUUUACUCUAAACAGAAACUCGAUCUUUAAAGCGUACCCAAGGCAUUGAAAUAAAGUAUUGUAAUAGCUAAGGGAGGUUCCCCCCGGUCUCUCUUAUUCGCUUUCGUCUUUCAUUUUUCAUGGCCCGUCAUUUGCUUCCAAUUUUUUUUUCACUUUUGUAUUCUUGCUUCGCUUUGACGUGCUUAUCGUGACCUUAACUCAUGCAACAGACAACGGUAUUGAAACUUUGCGUAAGCAAAUCGCCUACUGGAAUACAUAAACGAGACAUUCAGUUUGGUUAACACGACAGAAACAGCGAGAUCAUAUUCAACACGAGCUGUAAAUUAAGGGUCAUUACUUUAACCUUGUCUUUUGCAAACAUGAGUUUAAAGGAAGCCAAGUAAACAUUCAAUAUGACAUACUCGUCUCUUUUAACUAUCUCUAAUUAUCGAUCUUUAUCAGUUAUAUGGAUAAGGAGGGCCUAGCACCUGCUUUGUACCUGAAGAGGGUUGGUUCCGCAGCUGGCGCUGCUCAAGUGGGUUUACGGCGAAAGUCUGGCAUGAGCAUGUGGCUUAGAGAGAACACAGGCGACAUUGAUAAGACUCAUUCAACCAACGGAGUCAUGGCUGGUACAUCAAAUCGUAAGUAAUAAGUGAUUGGAUAGUUUGCUUUCAUAAAAUAGCAGUGACUAAUAUUGAAAAACUAGUUCGUGUCCCAAGUGACCAUAAUAAUCAUUCUAAGAGGAGUAAGUUAUCUGCCUCGACCCCACAGAAGAAGUUAAAUUCUUAGAUAUGGAAUGUCUAGUCAGUGCGGGGAGGAAUCUAUACAUUUCCUACUGCUUGUGUCUUAAAAAUCGUCGGCGCCGAAUGAUAUAAGAAAACGCGAAUAACAGUUAAUGCUUAUAUAUCUUUUGUAAAAAGUUUAGCACGAUUUAACUGUUUUGGUUUCAGUUUUAGUACCUGUCUGGAAUGGAUCUCGACGACACAGUUCAAGUGAGGUAAGCUGAUUAGCUGGCCAGGUAGCUUAGUCUUGAGUUUGAUUUCUAGAGAAGGCGUAAUACUCAGGGUCUUGAAGAAGUAGGUAUUAGAAAGAUUAAGCAUUACGGCAGAGGUAACCACUUAAACUGUCAUAGUUUCCCGCCAUUUAUAAAUGUGAAGAGGUUGGUUUACACGUUAUUGGAAAACGCGAGUAACAAAAGGACUUCAGUUUUUAUCGCUGCUGAAUACAUUAGGCCACCUCCCAAAAUAGGGUAUAUAAUUUAGUGCGAGUCUGUCCUAAACAGGGUCAUAAAAUUGAGGGUUUUGUCCAUAACAGGGUGUGUUUUUUAGGACUUUUUUGUCCUAAACAGGGCCAGGGCUUCAAUUUAGUCGAGUUCUUAAACAUUAGGGUUCGCGCCCUUAUAAUUCUGUUUUAAUGCUGUUUUAUUUCAUUUUGCACCUAAAAAAAGUGAGUCCAACGCAAUGUUAAAUUACAUACCGCUGAAUGCUGACUAUUCGGAUUAUUCCAACGUUAAACUUCUUUAUAUCCUAGGUGGAGCUGCUUUCAUCAGCAGAAAAGUUCCGAGAAACCAGAGCGCCAAAUCGUCGUUCAAUGAGUUAUAAUGACAUAAGAGACGCGCUGCCCAAUCGCGGGCUCUAUAUUUCAGAGCAAGACCUGCGCGUUGCAGAUCUUCAAGAAAAAGGAAGCUGUAAGAAACAAAGUCGCUCAUUAAGCUUUGUGUCAGUUGGCCUCAAGGAGUUUGCAAGCAAAAAGAAAGCAGAAGAACAGCUCUGUAAAUCUUUAACUUCAUUAAACUUUAGGAAAAGUUCUACCCAGUCCGAGCGUGGUUUUCUCAAAGCAGAGGUUAAGGACGAAAAACACCGUCCACGCAGUCCCUCCUUUAGUUUUUUCUCGAGGAAUAUCAAGGACCUUUCUAAUAAAGGAAAGCGGGUGGAAAAUGUUGCAGCUGGAAUUAGUGACCCCGUAGAUGCCACCAACAAUAUCGCACCGUUUCUAGAAUUACCAACGAGACCUUUGGUAUCAAGCCCAAUUGUGAGAAGACGUUCUUUUGCGUUAAGCCCAGUCCAGAAGUUGAAAAAUGAAUCUUAUGAAGAACCCAGCAUGAAGUUUCCCCUGCCAAAAAUUUGUAUAACACCGUCCCAUAGUGAUACCGAAGAUGUCCCAGUUACUUCGUGCAUGCAAGGUGAUGAAGAAUGCCAAACGUUAGUUGAUUUUUUUAGUGAAAACUCGGUCAUUCAGGUUGAUAGAGGAGACGAGAAGGGAAAUGAUACCCCAGAUGGAGAGUUUCGAAAUAAGGGGUUGCUUGAAUUGAAAGCCUGGGAGAAUAUGAAGAAACAAAAUAAACAUCAUUCAACAGAGAAACAAGAGCAAGUAAGCAAGCCUUCCGAUAUUCAAGAAGUAAAAGCUGAGGAACCGUUUGAGGAUUUUUGUGAAAUAAGAGAGCUAAAGAAAGGAAUACAUGGAAUGGAGCUCAGUAAAAGGAAGGAAGGCAUUGACGUGGUAGGUCAGCGGAGAAGCACCGCUAAUGAUGAGAAAGAGGUGGAGACUCCUGUACAAGCAGAGAAGUUUUUAUUGAACGAAGCAAGAAAUUCAGGUUCGAAAGGUUCAUUCCAAGCAAAUCACAUCACCUAUUACGCUGUCAGCCCGUACGAAGCUCGGGAACCCUGGGAAAUAACACUCUACAAAGGAGAUGAGGUAAAAGUGGAAAAGAAAGCUCGCAAUGGAUGGUGGUUAGUACGAGCAAAUGAAGUUGUCGGAUGGGCACCUUCUAAUUUCCUGGCUGACGUAACAAGCACAUAUCAGAAUGAGGAUAGCCCUGUGAAUGAUGAAUCAGGCGUCAAUCAAGGAAGAAAGCAGCCAGACUGUGACGGCAGUGAGUACGAAAGCAGUGAUGGUAACGAAGAUGACAAUGUUGAUCUUGGCGUCGGUUAUGAUGCUGCUGUUUGCGCUGAUGAUGAUGAUGAUGAUGAUGAUGAUGAUGAUGGUGGUGGUGGUGGUGAGUACGAUGAUGGCAGUCAAUACGAAGACGACGACGAUGAUGAAUACGAUAGUCAUGACGAUAAGAAUAGCAAUGACAGCGAUAGAUGUGACGAUGAUGAUGAUGAUGAUAAUGAUGCUGAUAAUGAUGAUAACGUCUUUGACAGCAGUAAGUUUUAGAAAUGAUUUUAUUUUUUAAUCGGUUCCGUAAUUUUCCCCUGAAAAUAACCUUUCAACAUAAAAAUUGUCUUUAGUAUCAUUUUCAUAUAUACUUUUUUAUGUAUCAUGAGGCAUUAAACACAUGGAGCCAACAAGGAAGUUCUUAAAAUGAGUUGUUUAAGUAGCUAACAAUAGUUGAAUGACCCAAGAAAUUUCCCUAAAAACACGAACAGAGGUGUUGUCUGCACCUUAUGUUAGUGAAAAAGGUGUAAACUGCAUUGCUUAAACGUUCGCAGGCAAUUCAUGUAUUAAGGGAUAUUUUCAUCUUGAUUGCAUUUGAAAGCAUUUCUGCAGUUUGUGGUCUCUAGUCUAAUCAGUAUGGGUAGAUGGGUAGUAAAAAUAUUGCCAAAAAUAAUGAGAAAUGCUUUAGUUCUGUGAUUGUGUAUUCCACCCUUUUUUAAACCCAGCCCCGUCAAAUUGUCUCAGUUUUUGUAAUGUCAGUUUAUAUUUGCAUGAUUUGAGUUGUAUGUGGGUUUUAUUAAAUCAGUUCAACCCGCUAAAUAUUCUUAAUAUGUAUUGCGUCGUGAACAAAACCCUUGAAAUUUCAUGACUGAAUAUUACUCAUCUGCUAAGUCCUGUGUUUUUGAAUUUGUUUAAGGAAGAGCACACAUUCGGAGGUUGGCCGCCUGGAAGCAGCGACAAUUUUCGGCUGUAAGUGUAAAACAUCUAAUAGAGUAUAUCCAUUGCGUUUUUACCUCUAAAUUGUGUAAUUAUCAUAAACAGACCCGCUAGACACUAAGGGUUAUUUCCCUCCGAAUAGGGAGCAAAUCCUAAUAGCGUCCUUGUUUUUAAUGCCACAUGAUUAAGCCUGUCCCUGCACAACUCUUUUUUCAGGGCCAAGAACUGAUAUCUAUUUUGUGCCGUAGCUGAUUUACCAGACUGAACAUGCAAUAAAAUCACUUCUCCAACCUUCCUUCCUGUACGACGCAAUUAAAAUUUGAAAUUUUACCAGCCAUAGACAGUUAUAAAUUCGAGAAAAACAGUGCACAAACUAAUGUGAGAUAUGCGUUACUGACCUAGCGUGAGGUAAAGAUGGCUGGCUAAAAAGUCCUUUUACAUUUUUAUGAACAGUACCCAGCUACUCCUCCCCUAAGCCAACAUUAACACUUACUUCUCACUUAGGGCAAAAUGUUGGCUUAAGGGAAGGGGUAGGUGGGCAGUUUCCCUGAAACAUAUAAUAAGCCAAUAUCUAGUCUCUACCUUGACUGAACGGUGGCAAGUUAGGUCAAUAAAGGAUUUUUUAUAUGGUCACCGAGGCAACUUUUUCCUCGCGAGAAAUCCCUAGUAGACAAGAUUAAGGCAAAUCGGCUAGCCAAUCAGCACAGGAGUCGCCUCAUCCUGCUCUUUCGGGCCAGUGCUAAUAGAAUUUCUUGCAUCAGUUUUAAACCUUUAACCCCUAAAAGUGAACAAAAUUGAGAAAAACUGCAAUUUCCCACCUCCCCAAUUCAAAAAAGGAGGUAUUGGUGCCAUAUAAAAGUAUUGAAGUUAUAUUUAAAUCGCCACCCUAUUUUAAAGAGUCAUUUCCACGGAUCUUGGUGUGUACCUAGUGAUUAUUCAUUCUGAGUUCCCAGUCCUAUGCAUCCUUUUCAAAUACAUCAUAACGUUUAUUAGGGCCACGAAAAAUACGAAUGAAAAUACGUCAUCUUGUUAGUCCGUUGUAGUGGUUAUUGAUAUAUAUAUAUAUAUUUUUCCAACUUUCAAAGGUUCAAAAGCGAGGAAGUUUGGCCGAUUCUUACAAGAAAACACGUGCCUCGAAAUGGGCCCCUAGUAACCACUUUUGGCCUGAGCCAACAAGUUACAGGGGCCGCACUGUCAUCAGAAGCUCAUCCGAGACAGAGAGUUCCUCUAACAAUAGUACGAGGCCGAGAAGAAGAGAUAGUAGACAAUACAGAGCUUUCUUCGAUAACAAUCUACGUUAUAAGAAGAGAGAAGUGAGUCAGGGGAGACGCCGUUUCGACUCUUUGAGACCGAACAGGGAGGAAGGUUUUAUGCUUCCUGAAGCCAAGGGUUAUUCAGCCUCUAAAGGGAAGGGUGGCAAGAAAAGAUCUCCGUUAAUAAAACAGCAAAGACUGGCCUCAUAUGAUUCUGGAUAUCCCGCAGAAGACGAGAGAAGAAAGGGACUCAAGACGAUUAAACAGUCUGUCUCGCAAAGUAGCGCUAUGGUCAGCAAUAAGAUGCGGCAUCAGGCAUUAUGCAGAAAAUGUCGAACUCUCACUACAGAUGGUUAUGCUGUCAGAAAUUGGUUUACACCGGAUUUGAAUGCCUGUGAAUCUUCAGAUGACGAAGUGUUUGACGAAAUCAGCCGAAGUGAUUCUUGGUGCGGUGAUUUUGAAGUUCCCCCGUAUAAUCUUCGAGAGAGGAGGGAAACGAGGACAAGAGUAAAUUGUCGCCAAAAUCGAUAUAAACCCAAAGCCACCCCAAACGACGCAGGACACCUCACUCGAGGACGCAGACAUAGAAGUGCUUAUCAAGCCAUGGCCAUGUAUCAAGCUAUGUCGGAAAACGAGAUUGAUCUUUAUGAAGGAGAUAAAGUAAAAGUUAUCCGUAAAAGCAGGAGUGGUUGGUGGUACGUGAAUAUUGAUCAUGAAGAAGGCUGGGCACCGUCAAACUUCCUGAAACCGAUUCCGUGGUGUGGCAAAUAA